CCCUGCAUUGGUAUUUACAAGUCGCGUAAUCUAUUAUUAUCUUCACUAAAAUUUAAACUUACUAAAUCCGAUAAAUUCACGUUGUCCAUGUUUUAUAUUUCACCCAUUGUUGUGGACUAAUUUAUUUUUAAAAUGUUGGAAUUAACAUUAAUUUUGGGCAUCAUCUGUAUGGUUUUAAUGAUGGUUCAUUUCUUGAAACGACUUCAUCAAACUAAAAGCAAAAUAUAUCCUAAUGGGCCUUUUGGAUUUCCAAUUGUUGGUCAUCUACCGUUGUUUGGAAAUUAUCCACCGGAAACAUUCAUGAAAUGGUGGAAGACAUAUGGUGACGUGUUUUCUAUUCGACUUGGAAGCUGGAAUGCUGUUGUUUUCAAUGGUUACAAUGCUGUCAAGGCAGCUGCCGAACAUCCUGACGACGCCUUCAGUGGAAGACCAAACUUCGUUUCAAUGGAUAUCUUAAAUGAACGAAUCAAGGAGGUUACUUUUGCUUUCAGUAAUUUUUCACCAGUUUAUUUGAAACAGAGAAAAUGGGCUGCUAAGGCUCUACGUUUAUUUACGUUCAAACGACGAGAAGUAAUUGAAGAUUUAGUUACGAAUGAGGCUAACGCAUUUGCAGAUAUUUUGGUGGAAAAAUACAAUAGAAAUUCCGGUGCAAUAGAACUGGAUGUCCAAACUUUAGUUACAAGAAUAAUAUAUCAGUUUCUUUAUGGACGUGGUAAAUCUGUUGAUGUAGAGAGGCAUGUUAAAACAAUAAUAAAAACACUUAAAGAGUUCAAUGAACUGACUGGAAGUGGAAAUCCUUUUGACGUAUUGCCGUGGUUACGGUAUAUUAUGCCUUUGAAAAUUGACAAGCUUGGAAAUAAUCUCGUACGGUCAUACAACAUCACGAAGCAACAAAUACGCGAGCAUUAUGAGACAUUUACUGAAGGUAACGUCAGAGAUGUUGCGGAUGCUAUCCUUGCUAGUGACAUUGAUGACGAAAGAAAUACUGAUGGAUACGUGUUAACAAGGGAAAGGCUGAACCUCACACUUGGUGAUUUACAAGGAGCCGGUGUCGAUACAACAAACAAAACCUUAUCGUGGCUGUUUCUCUUCAUGGCAAGGUUUCCUCAAAUCCAAGAACGGGUAUUUACAGAGAUAAAAGAUAUAGUUGGAACCAAAAGAAGCGUUAUGUUAACGGAUAAACCAGACCUGGUCUACACAAAUGCUGUAAUUUUAGAAGUCAUGCGAAUGGUAACCCAGCUUCCAUUUUCAGUUCCACAUUAUGCAGUGAAAAAUGCAAAUUUACAAGGCUUCGAUGUUGAUCAGGACACUGUGGUUAUUUUCAAUCUUUAUUCCGUUCAUCACGAGAAAGCGUUCUGGGGAGAUCCGGAAAUAUUCCGUCCGGAACGGUUUUUAUCAGACGAAAAAAAUCUCGAUCCGGAAAAGUGCAACCACAUAUUUGCUUUCAGUCACGGUAGACGCCGCUGUAUUGGAGAACUGUUUGCAAAGAUGACAUUGUUUCUGUCGUUUUCUAUUACAAUUCAGAAAUGCAAAAUUUGUAAUCCUGUCGGUGAACAGCUGGAUUUAACUCCCAUUCCUGGACUUGUUUAUUCGCCUAAGCCGUACAAAAUGUUUGUACAGGAAAGAGAAGAUCUUGAACUUUCACCAGAGGACAAGUUGGAAAAAGGCACAAUUGACAAUGAAGGUGUGUAUCUAAUAAGAGAAGUACAUAUGGUUGUUACAAAAAUGAGCCUUCAGAAGUUCUGUCAACGAAUAGUGUUUAAGAACAACGACCAGAUCCCUAACAUAGUCAAACUUGCUGCAAUAGCACUAUGCAUGCAGGAACAUCUUGCAUUUACAGCUCAGCAGUUCUUUGAUAAGGUUUCAAACAUUAAAUCCCAGUUACCAGCCGCUAAAACCUCUAUCCGACUUGGAAGUUGGAAUACUGUUGUUGUAAAUGGUUACGACGCUGUCAAAGCGGCUGCCGAACAUCCUGACGACGCAUUCAGCGGAAGACCAAAUUUUCUGUCCAUGGAAAUCUUAAGCGAACGCAUCAAAGAAGAUAGACUUGCUUUUGGUAAUUUUUCACCAGUUUAUCUUAAACAAAGAAAGGUGGCAUAUAAGGCCUUACGUUUAUUUACGUCUAGGCGACACGAAGUGAUUGAAGAAUUAGUCACGAGUGAAACCUAUGUUUUUGUAGAUACUUUGGUGAGAAAGUAUAAUACAAUUUCAGGCCCUAUAGAACUUGAUGCCCAAACACUUGUAACUAGGAUUAUAUAUCAGUUUCUUUACGGACGUGGUAAAACUGUUGAUGUUGAGAUGCACGUUAAAAAAUUAAUAAAAUUUCUUGAAGAACUAAAUGCUCUAUCUGCAAGUGGUAGUUCGUUAGACGUUUUGCCAUGGUUACGGUAUUUAAUGCCAAAGAAGGUUGAAGCGGUUCGGAAAAAUAUUGCACGAUUAGACGAAAUUGUGACAGAGCAAGUACAUGAGCAUUAUAAGACAUUUUCUGCUGGACACAUACGAGAUGUAGCGGAUGUUAUCAUUUCUAGCGACGCUGAUGAUGAAGAAAAUAAAGAUAGAUAUGUUUUAACAAGAGCUAGACUAAAUCUAACACUAGGUGAUUUACAAGGAGCUGGGAUCGAUACUACAUACAAGGCGUUGUCGUGGCUCUUUCUCUACAUGGCCAAAUUCCCUCAAGUUCAAGAACGGGUAUUUACAGAGAUAAACGAUUUUGUUGGAACCAACAGGAGCGUAAUGCUGAAGGACAAACCCGAUUUGGUUUACACAAAUGCUGUCAUUCUAGAAGUCAUGCGAAUUGUUACUCAAAUUCCAUUUGCACUUCCCCAUUAUUCAAUGAAAAAUGCAAAGUUACAAGGCUUCGAUGUGGAUAAAGACACAGUGGUUAUUUUCAAUCUUUACUCUGUUCAUCACGAAAAGGCAUUCUGGGGAGAUCCGGAAAAUUUCCGUCCAGAACGAUUUUUAUCAAACGGAAAUUGCUUAGAUCAAGAAAAGAGUAACCAUAUUUUCGCCUUUAGCCAUGGAAGACGCCGCUGUGUUGGAGAGUUUCUCGCCAAGAUGAAUUUAUUUCUGUCGUUUUCCAUUGUGAUGCAAAAGUGUAAAAUCAUUAAACCACCCGGUGACCCAUUGGAUUUAUCUCCAAUUCCUGGACUUGUUUAUUCGCCAAAACCCUACAAAGUACUUGUACAGGAAAGAAACUAACGUUUCGCCGGUCGUGAAAUGGGCAUACUAUUUCACUUUUUACUUAUCAAAUUAAGAUCACUAUUGUUUUGCUGCUUAAAAAAAGUAUUUGCGUUUAAAGCAAUACAUUUUUUCAAACAACUUGCACAAAAUAAGACAGCAUCAUUUGUGGUAGUAAUUUUGUAACAGAGUGGUUCAUUUAUGUAUAUUAUUUUAUAUGAAAGUUUAAACAUUGCUUGCACCUCUUAUUAAAUUAAUAACAUAUUUAGAAGUAGAAAUAAAAUCUUAUAGAUUUGAAAUUCCCUGGUCAGAAUAAAUUUUAUGUAUUCUUAUAGUUAAAAUCUAAUUUUAACAUCUUCGACAUGUUUUAUGAUAUCAUGUAUACAAAUUCAAUUUUGCUAUAAAAUCAAUGCAUCUGUUUCUGUUAGAAACUGAAAGUAUAUUUUAUUUGUAAACAUUCAAUAAUUUUGAUACUUGUCAAUAAAUUAUAAGCGUACCUAAUUUCUUAUAUAUACCCACAUAAAUUUUGUUUAGUGUUAUAAUACAGGCGGAACAUA